UCAACCGCGUCCUCGACUGUUGCGUCCACCCGAAUCACGCGUCCCUUUCCUUUCUCCCCCCCUCUCCCUCCCUACUCACUUGGCGUUGGCGGCGCCGACCUUCGCCAGGUCUUCAUCGGCUCUUUCGCCGGAGACGCAUCCGCCAGAAGAACGCAAGGGAUGCUCGAUCGGUUCUAGACUUCUAGUUAGUUACUUAUUAGCAGAGCCAAAAGAGGAAGGCCAUCAAAGAUACGGGGGCUUGUUCUCGCCAUGUCUCGGUCACCACACCUCCCACCGCGCUGCCCGCCGCUGGGUCCUCAGAUCACUCGAAGGGACGACAGCAUGUUCACGCAGAGCUGCAGGUUUCCAUCCGGGGAUCCGUUCUUUGGUGAGCCCCCGUGCUGGCUCGAUGAUCUCCUUGCAGAUUCUGGGAAAGCUCCCAAGCUUCCUCCCCUCAGGAGGGCCUGCAGCGAUUCUGAUGCCAUCUUGGAUGCGCUGUCGACAUUCCAGAGCCCAAUUUAUCCAAUCGAGGAAGGUGAUCUGAACUCAGGUGGUGAAGGUGAGGACUUGUUGGAUGCUGGCGAAGGUGGUGAAAGUGGUUCUGUGGUCGAGGCUUGCUGUGUUUAUGGUCCGAAUUCGCCAAGACAGAAGAGUAGGCUGACAUCUUCGGAGAGUUCCAUGGUCAAUGCUGUGCUUGAGAAUGUCCCCAGCAACCCCUUGCAGUACCUGACCAUUGAUGCCUCCAGUGGUGUGAAUGGUAAUGUGGCCAGUGGAACUGCUGAUGCUAGUGAUGCUUUUGGUUUUGGCCAUCCUGAUCAAGACAAGUCAUUUAAAAGGCGUUCAGGGCAAAGAUCUAGGGUCCGGAAACUUCAAUACAUUGCUGAACUUGAAAGAACUGUUGACUCACUUCAGAACAUGGGAGCUGAUUUGGCUGUCAGAGUGUCAUCACUUUUCCAGCUUCAUAGUGCUCUAUCAAUGGAAAACAAGCAACUGAGGAUGCAGAUUUCCAGUCUUCAGCAUGCAAAACUGAUUAAGGAUGGUCAGACGCAGGCCCUAAAGAAUGAAGCUGAAAGAUUGAAGCAGAUGUCCGCCCGUCACCGCCGGAGCAGAAGCGUCACUUCCUGUUAUGACCCAACCUCUUUCGGAGCAGAUGCGUCUGCAGUCAAUUGGCAGAUGCCUGACAUGGGAAGGCUCAGCCUGAAUGGCAGCUCAGUCUCCCCAAGAGGCGGCUAUGGUCUGUGACAGCAGCCAGCCCUAACCCCCCCUCAGAAGAUAAAUCGAGGCGUUACCCUAGAUAACUUUUCUCUAACCUUACCCAGGCAUAGAUUUGAGGGCCGGCCCAUCUUUGACUAGGAGAGUAGGGUGUAUCAGUCGCUUUUGCGGAAAUUUACAGAGGUUAUCAGCUUAUUAGUAUCGUAGGGUGCUGCAGUUGACUCCCAGAUUUGAGAACUGAUGAAGUGGAGCAAGCUUUGGCUUGCCGUUUAGCAGCUGCAAUAUCUACUCGUUUGAUGCUCCAGCAUUUUGCAGUAAAGUUGCAGGAAAGUCGCUCUUUCAUUGUGGUUUCUUCUGGUUGCUAUAUCUAUUGCCAUUCGUAGGCUUUAAUGGUGCCCAUUUCAAGUUGUGAA